CCGCCCUACUUGUGUGACUGAAUGGGAGGGGCAGCAGAAAGUUGAGUCAAUUUCAGAUUGGUGCCCCUUUAAGGAGCACCCUCACUGCACUGACAGCAACCUCACUCCACGACGCAAAGCAGUUUUCAGCCAAAGACUGCAGCACAUCCUGGGCUGCUGUCUCCCUACACCUGACGGUAGGCUCCCCUGUUCCCCAGCUUCUUCACCACAAGCCGCGUCCACGAGCGGUAUGGGGGCGCCCAUAGCCCACUAGCUCGUCUCCAUUUCAACCCCGAGGCGGAGAAGACAAGCGGCCGGAGGUCUAGCAAGAUGGUGUCGUGGAUGAUUUCGAGGAUGGUUGUCCUCGCCUUUGGGACGCUCUACCCAGCAUACGCGUCAUACAAGGCUGUCAAAACGAAGAAUGUGAAGGAAUAUGUGAAGUGGAUGAUGUACUGGAUAGUAUUUGCCUUGUUCUCCACUGCGGAGACAGCCACAGACUUGUUUCUAUCAUGGUUUCCUUUUUACUUUGAGCUGAAGAUUGCCUUUGUGAUCUGGCUUUUGUCCCCAUACACCAAGGGCUCCAGUGUUCUCUAUCGCAAGUUUGUCCACCCUACCUUGUCCAACAAGGAGAAGGAGAUAGAUGACUACAUUGCACAGGCCAAAGACAGGAGUUACGAGACCAUGAUGAGGUUUGGAAAGAGGGGUCUCAACUUGGCUGCUAAUGCUGCAGUCACUGCAGCCACCAAGGGACAAGGUGUGCUGUCAGACAAGCUGCGCAGUUUUAGCAUGCAGGACCUGACACUCAUCAACACAGAGGAUGAGCUGUCGUUGCGCUCGUCAGAUGGCCGCACGAGGCGAGACUCAGUGGAUGACAUGAGCUCUGGGGCCAGCACACUGCCCCGGGCCAAGAGCACCGCUGCACGACAGACUCGCUCUAUGGCUGCCACAGCCCUUGCCGACGAGAUAUCAUCCCAACACAGCUCAGACCAGUCAGAUGCAAGAACUGAACACUCUGAUGAGGAUGGGGGAGAAAAGGCCCCCAAGCGGACCACCGCCACAAAGACAACCAAGAAACCUGCUGCAAAGACGGAGACGCAAAGCAAGACAGUGAAGAAGGCACCAAAGAAAAAGACCACACCCAGUGCAGAGACCCCUCCGUGAGGGCCUCUGUCUGUUUGCAGGGCAGACGUUCUCGACAUCCACAGCCUGACAGCAUCGGCUCCUAUGUCUGGUCUUCACAUGAACACACAAACGCAACAUAAGCACCAAAUGCUGUCUGCAUUUAGUUUUAGUUUUGAUAGUUGCCACUUUUAGUUUUUUUGGGGGGGACUUGGUCCUUCUCUGAAUUUGUCUCACUGUGACGUGAGCUUUCCCAAUAGUUCGUUGAACCUUUUAAUUAAAUUAUAUAUUUGUGUUACUGUCUCGGUUUAGAUGUACACUGUGACUGAGUAACCUGACCAGUAUGUAAAGUGACAUGCAUUAGGCAUGCAGCACACAAAAAAAAUUAAAAGCCAACACUGUUAUUUUAACCUUUGGAUCUAAUCUGUGGCUCACCCAGCCUAGAAUAUGUUUUCCUAUAAGUGAGUCUAAGGUUCACGCUUCAGCACUGACAUCCUUCCUCGCCCACUAUUUGUGUACUUUACUGUAGUUGCUGUUGCAGCCUUUCAUUUACUUCUUUAAGGGUGGCACAAGCUAAUAAAUUCUUAGUUUUUCCAUGGUUUAACUCGGACAGAUUCAUGAAAAUGCUAUUCCAAUAGUUAAUUCCUGUGGAGUUUGCAUGAUCUCUCGCUCUUUGUGUGCGUGUUCUCAAUUUACUUUGUCUUCCGGCUGCAUUCCAUGAACAUGCCUGUUAGGUUAUUUGAAAAUUCUAAAUUGCUCAGAGGUAUUAAUAUCAGUGUGACUGGUUAUUUGUGUGUAUGUGCCCUGUAAUUGGCUGGCAAUCAGUCCCCGCCUCUUGCCAAAAGUCCUUUGAGCUAGGAUAAAGCGUGCCUAUAAUAAAGACAACCACUAUCAAAAGUAGUUGGAGCCAUUCACAUCAUUCCUAUUGCUAAGCGCUGACUACUGUUUUGCACAAAAUAGUUCAAGUUGUCUCUUUUAUGGCAAUUUUUUUUCCCUCAUCCCCAUUCUGUUUUCUAUCUGGAGCGAGUGUCUGGACUUGGCUGAGGUAUUUGUCGUGCACGGGGGAUUCACAGGCUCUGAUGCGUUUAGUUUUCUUAGGCUGCUCCCCUAAAUGGGAUUUGAAGCGCGAUGCUGAAAGUGUGAAACCAGUUAGAAGCAGUAGGGGGCGACAAAGUCCGUUUCUACGACUGACCAUGUAAAUAGACUACUGUAAAUAGUACAAUGCGAGCUUGCUUGCCUUAUCUUAUUCUCUGGGGUUUCAUCUGUUUACUCAUCCACCAUUUUUAAUUCAACCGCUCAGUCAUACCUGGUUUUGCAAAUAGAGAAAAACUUAGUUCCUUUUUAAAUUAAGUUGUGAUGUUUAUCUUGGCAUUGACCCUCCCCUUUAGACCCAGAUUGACAGAAAGGUCUUGCUGCACCUAUUGCUGGAAUACUAUGAAUAACAAAACCAUUAAGAAAAAGUUAUUUAUUGUUUACGUUCUUUUUGAAGUUGUAUUGUACACAAAGAUUCUCUCAUGUACAGUUGUGCAAAUUCUCAAAACUCAUUGUGAAACGCAAAGGUAUGUGUACUGAAAUCAUGGAUACUCAUGUAUCAGUAAUAAAAGUGCUACUAAAAGAGAA